UAUGACUUGAAUGUAUCAGUAUUUCAUCAUGUCACAUGCGUUACAAUUCUUCGUAAUUAGUGUAAUUAGUUAAAUAUUAUAAUUAGACAAGUGAAAUAGCAGUUAAAAAGUGGUUGAUCGUUUAAUUCUUUUUUUCGUAAAAGUAAAAUUUGUUAUUUAGAAAAGUAACUAUAGAAAACAGAAAAGUUUGCAAAGUUACAUCAUAACAUAACCUAUAUGUUAAGGCCAAUAUUGUUUUUUGUUGACAAAUUUUCUAAAUAGGUAUACGUAUAAAUGAUUUAAAAAUCAAUUGCAGAUGAGAGUUUUUAUUUUUAAUACUAAUUCUUUGAAACAUGUUACUAUUUUGUCCCAACUGUUCAAAUAGAAUACGUAUUGAAAGUUCGGACCGUCUUCGUUUUGCUUGUAACUCUUGUCCAUAUAUAUUCAACGUUUCAAGAAAAAUAAGCAAUAGAACGUAUCCGAAAUUAAAGGAAGUUGAUGACGUUUUAGGAGGAAGUGCUGCUUGGGAAAACGUUGAUUCUACCGAAGAACGUUGUCCAAAGUGUUUUCAUCCACGUGCAUAUUUUAUGCAAAUACAAACACGUUCUGCUGACGAACCAAUGACUACAUUUUAUAAAUGUUGCAAUCCACAAUGUGGACACAAUUGGCGCGAGUAAAGAAUUUACCGUUGUCAUUGCAAUAUAAUAUUAAAAGAACAAUGAUGAAUCCAGAUUACAUUGGUCCGUUCAAGGACAAUCAGUUGGCGGCCGUAAAACAAUUAAAAACCACAAAUGACAAACAUUGGUUUUGCGGUGGUGAUAGAAGUG